AGCUUGGCGAGAGUCCUUGGGGUCUGCUGCAUGCAUGUGCUACCGCGGGUGUUUUCCUUUUUUCUCUCCGUUUUGACUUCGGUCCUGGAAAGCGCUGAUUUCUAGUCUCCUUUUUGGCUGCGAGUAUCCCGCGCUGGGCUCUCACUCACUUCGCACAUGUUCUUAGGGCGCCAUCUCUUUGCAAAAGCCGCCGUCCUCCUUCAGGUCUCCUAGAGGCUGCUCCGGAGCGUGUGAACAUUGCAGGCUCCAGCCCAAUCCAACCUGCACAGCCAAGCAUGUUUCUCACCCUUUGAGCUUCCCCGGGCUACCGCUCCUUUUAGACUUCUCUGGCUUUCCAGCUUCACAACACGCUUUUGCUUGAGUUCAUUUUCCUUUGACACAGCGUGGACCCAACUUUGUGGAAGCGACGGACACAAACCUGAUUUUUUUCAGAGGUUUUAAGACCCAGAGCAUACAAUGUUCACUAAACUCUUCCAGCAGUGGAGUUUCGCAGUGUUUCUGCUGAGCUAUUCCGUGCCCUCUUACGGGAGAUCAGUGGAGGGGAUCAGCCGCAGACUCAAAAGGGCUGUAUCAGAGCACCAGCUGUUGCACGACAAAGGCAAGUCUAUUCAAGACUUACGAAGACGAAUAUUCCUUCAAAAUUUAAUUGAAGGUGUCAACACUGCAGAAAUCCGUGCAACUUCAGAGGUUUCACCUAACCCUAAGCCUGCUACCAAUACAAAGAACUACCCCAUCCGAUUUGGCAGUGAUGAUGAGGGCAGAUAUCUAACUCAGGAGACAAACAAAUCACAGACUUACAAGGAGCAGCCCCUGAAGGUAUCAGGAAAGAAAAAGAAAGCAAAGCCUGGAAAACGUAAGGAGCAAGAGAAGAAAAAGAGGCGAGCCCGUUCAACUUGGAUAAAUCCUGGCAUGUGUGGAAGUGGCACGACGGAGAGUCUACUCUUGGACACCUCCACUACUACGCAUGAUCACACUUCAAGGAGGCGCUGAUGUUUUCAGCAAGAGAUCUUUGGAAGAUGUAUUGCAGUAUUCUGUAAUAGUGAACAUAUGGGAAGUAUUAAAAUAUUUAUUAUCUGUAAAUAUUGUAAAUGAUAAGAAUAAAAUCUUUUCCCCCCA